AGAUAUUUUCCUGAGAUCAAGUGUGAGUGUGAUUUGUGUAUUGAAUAGAUUUUGAGAUCAAAAUAAUUGAGCGAGGAAGAUGGGCGAAGGGCAGGGGUUUCAGCUCGGAACAGUUGGAGCGUUGGGUUUAUCUGUGAUUUCCUCGGUUUCGAUUGUGAUCUGUAACAAGGCGCUGAUCAGCACUCUAGGUUUCACUUUUGCUACAACAUUGACAAGCUGGCAUCUGUUAGUCACAUUUUGUUCAUUACAUGUGGCGUUAUGGAUGAAGUUCUUUGAGCACAAGCCCUUUGAUUCAAGAGCUGUCAUGGGCUUUGGCGUAUUGAAUGGGAUUUCCAUUGGGCUUCUUAACCUCAGCCUCGGUUUCAAUUCUGUUGGUUUUUACCAGAUGACAAAACUAGCUAUCAUCCCUUGCACUGUACUUUUGGAGACUCUUUUCUUCAGCAAGCAAUUCAGUAAGAAAGUCAAGUUUGCGCUCACCAUCUUACUCUUGGGAGUCGGAAUUGCAACAGUAACCGACCUGCAACUCAAUCUCAUGGGAAGCGUCCUAUCGUUAUUUGCCAUCAUAACAACUUGCGUGGCCCAAAUUAUGACAAAUACGAUCCAGAAGAAGUUCAAGGUUUCUUCAACUCAACUCCUGUACCAAUCUUGUCCGUACCAAGCUCUUAUCUUGUUCAUUGUGGGCCCGUUUCUGGAUGCCCUUUUGACAAAUCAGAAUGUGUUUGCUUUCAAAUACACACCUCAAGUGCUGGCAUUCAUUGUUCUCUCCUGCCUAAUAUCGGUCUCUGUCAACUUCAGUACUUUUCUUGUAAUUGGGAAAACAUCACCCGUGACUUAUCAGGUUUUGGGUCAUUUGAAAACAUGCUUAGUUUUGGCAUUCGGUUAUGUUUUACUACACGACCCGUUUAGUUGGCGAAACAUUCUGGGAAUCCUGAUUGCUGUUGUUGGUAUGGUGCUCUAUUCUUAUUUCUGUACCCGUGAUGCACCGCCAAAGCCGGUCGAAACUUCAACGCAGUUUUCUCAGAUUGACGAAAGUGAGAACGAUCCUUUAAUAAGCGCAGAAAAGGGAAUGAAUGUACCAAAAGAGGUUAGUCCUCAGAAGCCGCCAGUUUGGAGCUCAGACAAAGAUCUGCACGCAUGAUUCGAUCUUUAGUAUAAAUAUUCUAUUCACAAAUACAAAUAGUCAAGUAGCACAUUUGUUCCCGUCACGAAGGUGUCUCCACCACCACCACCGCUGUCACCGUCACCACCGUCACCACCACCACCAGUGUGUUAUAAGAGACGGGGAAUCAGGGUUUUCGAGAGGAUUGUAAGACUCAAGUUUGUUUUGAUCAGUUAACAUUUUCACUUUUUUUUUUUGUUGUAAAAUGAGUCCUGUUUUCUUAAUAUGAUGGGAGAGACUGGAUUAAAAGACAAAAAUGAUCUAUAUAUGGGGAAGGUAACUUUCCUCUUGUAUCACUUGACUCCUAACCUGUUUGAUAUCAGUUGGGAUCUGGAUCACAUUUUAAUUAAUA